UGAAAGGGUCAAAAUCCCCAUUUGUUUUCAGGGGCUCCCGAAGCCAGCCUAGAGGAGUACGGCGGCGCCCGCCGCGAGGCCCUGGCGAGCGCCGCUGGCCUGCAGCUGCGGGUCGCCGUGGAGUCUGGGCUGGUCAGGAUGCGAGGCGACAGCGAUGCUACGGCGCGUGCCCAGUGUCUGUUGCACGCCCACGCUGCGGGUCUUAGCGGCGACGGCGCUCUGGCUUUCCCGCCGCCCAGUGCCGAGGCCCUCGACGGCACGGAGGCGGCGUGCAGGCCAGCUGGACUGAGUCCCACCGUGGUCGAGGUCCCGGCUGCGCUGAGGAAGGACCUUUCAGAGAAGAUUCAGAAGCUGUUGGACGAGCACGGCACGUUCGCAGCCUUCAUUGGCACCCCAGGCGACCUCCACGCCAUGUUGGAGGUGGGCCAGAAGGUGGAGGCCAAGUUUGGCGACAGUUUCUUCGACGCCGAGGUGGUGGAGGCCUCCGCGAGCAGCGUCAAGGUGCGCUACGUGUACGACGGUUCUGAGGCAGAUGUUGCGAGAUCGGAGGUGCGCGCAAAGGCUGGCGCUCCAACAGUUUCGGCUGGACAGGCAGUUCAGGCCAAGUACGGGAACAGCAUGUUCGACGCAGAGGUUGUCGACGUCGUGCGCGAUGGCGACCAGGUCUUCAUGGUCAAGGUGAAGUACAAGUACGACGGGAGCGAGGCGGAGCUUCCACAAGAAGAGGUCAAGACCAGCUCAGAAGAGAAGCCCGAGCAGAUGAAGUCCCUUUACAUCUACGGACAGGACCGGCCCCGAGUUGUCUGUGCCCUUCAGAUAUGCAAGUUGUUGUCGUUUCGCAAGUUCGGCGGUGAUCCCAAGUAUGUGUACGGUCGCCCAGACGAUCCGACGAACGUCGCUGGUAUCUCCAAGCAGAUCCUCACCGCUACUGGCAAGAUCCUUGGAACCCAGGGUGCCACCAGGAACAAGCUUCAGAAGGUCACUGGCGCAGCCGUCGAAGUGAUCGGAGAGAAGACUGACGAAAAGCAAUUCGCACUGAUUGCAGGCACUCCGGAGGAGCGGCGCAUCGGUGCGAACAUGAUUAGCCUGGUCCAGUCGGACGACAAAAACCACAUCGAAGGGAUACCCCCUGAGUUGGAGUCCUUCAGCAGCCGCCUGUACCUGCCGGAGGCGGCUGUGAAACGCGUCAUGGGUGGCAAGCGGCAGAGGAUGAACGAGAUGGAAGACAACAUCCACGUGCUCGUCUACAGCUUGUCCAAGGGCACGACGUCGUCGGAAGGCCCCAUCGAACGGCCACCUCUUCCACGGAAGGGACUCGUCGUCGAGGGGAAGUACGGCGAUCAGUGGCACGCGGCAACGAUCGUCGAGGUCCCCGACGAGCUGGACAAGCCACUGAAAGUAAGAUGGCAGUGCAACGACACCGAGGGGGAGCUGCUCCGCGCAGAGACCCGGGACGCGAAUCCCAGUAGCGAGGUGGUGGCCGCGAGAGAGUGUGCUGAGAAGUCGGCGUCCCUCCACUGCUUAGGCGUUUUCGGGGCAGGCGAUAAGCUCCCAGACGCAGUCGUGCGGAUCAUGGGACUCGUGGAGACAGAUGAGCCAGGCACGUACGUGCCCACCGGGGACAAGCCGGCACUCAUCGAGGUGCCAGGCGACAAGCAGGUGCAGGUCUCGCAGGAGGUGGAGAAACUAAAGAAGGAGGCGGAAGAUGCAAAGUGGAGCCAGAAGUGGGAGGAAGCGAGGUGGAACGACCAGAAGUGGGACUACCGAAAUGGCAACCAGAAGCGGGACGACCAUAAGGAGGACCAGAAGUGGAACGAGCAGAAUAAGUGGGACGACCGAGAGGGAAAUCAAAGGUGGAACGAACAGAAUGGGGACAAGAGGACGAACGACAAGAAUUGGGACGCCCGCAAGAGAAGCCAGAAGUGGGACGACCACAAGGGCGACAAGAAGUGGACCGACCAGAGCUGGGAAGACCGCAUGGAAACCAAGACGUGGGACAAUCAGAAAGGGGACCAGACGUGGAGCGAGCAGAAGUGGGACGAACGAAAAGGUAUCCAGAAAUGGGAUGACCAGAAGGGGAACAAGAAGUGGAACGAUCAAAAGUGGGACGACCGCAAGGGGAACCAGAAAUGGGACAACCAGAAAGGGGAGCAGACGUGGAACGAGCAGAAGUGUGACGACCGAGGGGGAGACCAGAAGUGGGACGAUCAGAAAUGGGACCAGAAGUGGAACGACAAGAAGUGGGACGACAGAGAGGGAAGCCAGAAAUGGGACGACCAGAAAGGGGACCAGAAGUGGAACGACAAGAAGUGGGACGACCAGAAGGAAAGCCAGAAGUGUGACAACAAGAAGGGGGACCAACAGUGGAAUGACAACAAGUGGGACGACCGGCAGGGAAACCAGAAGUGGGACGACCAGAAAAGGGAUCAGAAGUGGAACGGCAAGAAGUGGGACGACAGAGAGGGAAACCUCAAGCGGGACGACCACACGGGGAACCAGAAGUGGGACGACCGGAAGGGAAACCAGAAGUGGGACGACCAGAAGGGGGACCAACAGUGGAACGACAAGAAGUGGGACUCUCGAGAGGAAAACCAGAAGCGAGAGAAUAAGCCUAAGGGGCGCGACAGUGGCGGUGCUCGGGGCGGGGCCGACUCGGGCAGGUCAUGGAUCGAGCAGACAUGGGGCGACUGCGGCAGUGGUGGGGAUGCCACCAGCGGCCAUGGAGACAGACCUGGGUCUCUGGCAUACAAGGACCACGGGGGCGGUGGCGACUCCUCCUGGGGCGGCGGAAGCGGCGACUCCUGGAAAGACGGGGGCCGCAAGGGGGCGUGCGCGAGCGGCCAAGGCGGCGGCGAGGGCUCCCCAGACGGCGCCGGCGAGCAGCAUCAGGAGGCCGUGGCUGCCAUGGCCCAGGAGGUGCAGGCGACCCAGGUUCCGCAGGCGGCGCCGUGCGACCCCAGGGAGAGGCUGAACAGAUACCCCUGGCCACAGGACAUGCCAACGUGGCAGCAGAUGCAGUCGAUCCUCUUUGAGGGCCACCCGCCCUUGCCGUCGGGCUGGGUCCGCUGCUGGUCCAGAUCUCAGGAUCAAGAGUAUCCAGGAGCGACUUUGUUUGGUUCCGUACGGGCUUGCGUUCUCGGGCCUCUCUUCAGGUCUAUGCCGAAGAACCUGUUUAUGGCCCAGGCCCGCCGCGGUCAGAAGAGCCCCGUCGUUCUUUAUUAUGCGUUCCUUAUAGUAGCACGCUUACUGUACGUUGCCUGUCCUCACGAAGUAACGCAAUGAUGCAAGCCACACGUGCGCGCGCUAGCGUGCCCAAGACAAGCAUUCAGAGGC